GUGAUUCAUUGCGCACCAAUGCUUAUACCCAAGUUCAAGAAAUUCCACCAUCAUCACCACCGCUUCCCACAAAACUCCUUUGGCUGGGGUUCUUCUUCACUCAAUCAACUGCAACGGGCGCUUGCCAAAACCAUCCCUUCUGCGGUUAAAUUUCAAAAUAGAGCAGCAGUUCGGCCUGUCUCUUCGUCUGCAGUAGUACCAUCGAAGAUGGUUAAAGCUAUAAGGGUCUAUGAAUUCGGCGGCCCUGAGGUCCUGAAAUGGGAGGAUGUGGAAAUAGGGGAGCCAAAGGAUGGUGAGAUCAAAGUGAAAAAUAAGGCUAUUGGAUUGAAUUUCAUUGAUAUUUAUUUCCGGAAAGGGGUUUACAAGGCGUCUACAUUCCCCUUCACACCAGGUAUGGAGGCUGUUGGCGUGGUAACUGCAGUAGGUCCUGGACUUACUGGGAGAAAGGUUGGAGAUCUUGUUGGUUAUGCUGGUAAUCCAAUGGGUGCAUAUGCUGUUCCUCCGUCUAUUGAUCCCAUCAUAGCAGCAUCCGUCAUGCUCAAGGGAAUGACUGCUCAGUUUCUACUUCGCCAAUGCUUCAAAGUUGAACCCGGACACACUGUACUUGUUCAUGCAGCAGCUGGUGGAGUAGGGUCUCUUCUGUGCCAAUGGGCAAAUGCUCUUGGUGCCACAGUUAUCGGAACCGUCUCAACUAAAGAAAAGGCAGCUCAAGCCAAAGAAGACGGAUGUCACCAUGUAAUCUUAUACAAGGAAGAAGACUUCGUCACCCGUGUCAAUGAGAUAACAUCGGGUAAAGGAGUUGAAGUUGUCUAUGAUUCUGUCGGGAAGGACACUUUUGAGGGAUCACUGAUGUGCUUGAAACUACGUGGAUACAUGGUAAGUUUUGGACAGUCCUCCGGCACUCCGGACCCAGUCCCAUUGUCGGCUCUUGCAGCAAAAUCUCUGUUCUUGACAAGGCCUUCCAUGAUGCAUUACACUAUUACUAGGGAUGAACUGCUGCGAACUGCAUCGGAGGUCUUUACUAGCCUUGCAGCAGGCUUAAAGGUCCGCAUUAAUCAUACUUACCCCUUGUCUCAGGCAGCCCAAGCGCAUGCUGAUCUUGAGAGCCGAAAAACAUCUGGAUCAGUUGUGCUCAUACCUGAUGGGAAUUAACUUGUAAUUUUUCCUAGCUAGAGCAUGGAUGGUGUAUUAUGGAGCAAGUAAAACAAGAAGAAAAAUUAUGGAAUAUUAUGUUCAGAAAUUGGGGUUGCUAUGUGGGGUUUGCUGUUAUCCUCUAAAUGUAAUAAUUUUGGAUGUGCUUUCCAUAAUUACUAUUUUCUUUCAGUUUUAUU